CUGAGUGAUUUUUCUCGGAGAGCCAAGGACUAAUUUGCCUGGACAAACGCAGUGAUGUCUCAGCAAGGCGCCAAAGGCUUUUCCAAAGGGUCUUCCCAGGGCUCCGCCCCCUGCUCCGCCCCGACGCCCGCCCCCGCGCCCUCCUCCUCCUGCUGUAGCCGCGGCUGCUGCGGGGGCGGUGGCUGUGGCUGCGGUGGUGACUCCGGCUGCUGUGGCUCCAGUUCCACCGGCUGCUGCUGCUUUCCCCGGCGCCGCCGGCAGCGCGGUGGCGGCUGCUGCUGCUGCAGAGGAAGCCAAAGGUCCCAACGCUCCUGCAACAACCAGAGCUCAGGCUGCUGCGGUGGCUGCUGA